ACAUUUCCUGUCUUUCUAGUGGAAGCCUUUAAAAGCUCCCCAGUUGCUGGUUUUGGUUCAGUUAAACCGACAUCAUGGUGUCAAAGAAGGACUUUCUUGUGGCUGCUGCUGUUUUGGUUUUCGCCCUCAUUUCACACAGCGAGGGUAUACUUGGUGGCAGAGAGGCGGCGCCGCACUCUCGGCCCUACAUGGCCUCCAUCCAGGUGCCAGAAGGAGAGAAUCUGAAACACGAGUGUGGAGGGUUUGUGAUCGCAGAUCAGUGGGUGAUGACUGCAGUACACUGUCUGCCAACAGGGCCAAAUGGAAGGAAAGUAGUGCUGGGUGUCCAUUCUCUGAGUGAACCUGAAGAGACCAAGCAGACAUUUGAUAUUUUGGAACUUCACAAUCACCCAGGCUUCAGCGCGUCCAAUUAUGACAAUGACAUUGCUUUAAUCAAGUUGGAUCGUCCAUUCAACAUCUCUGAAGCUGUGAAAGCAGUGGAAUUCCUGCGAGCGGGUGGCACAAACCCCGACACAGAUGCAGUGGUGGAGACAGCCGGGUGGGGAUCCCUGGAUAACCUGGGGUCCAGACCAGACAAGCUCAUGGAGGUGUUCAUCGAGGUGGUCAACUCCAAUCGGUGCAAACGCAGCGACUACUUUGGCAGAAAGUUCACCAAUAACAUGAUAUGUGCCCAUAAAUUAUGCCCAGACCCCUGUGAUCAACCAUAUAAGAAAGAAGACACUUGUGAUGGUGACUCUGGAGGUCCUCUGCUCUACAACGGCAUCGCAGUGGGCAUCACUUCCAACGGAGGAAAGAAGUGUGGCCAAAUUAAAAAGCCUGGAAUUUACACCAUCAUCUCCCACUACACUGAGUGGAUUGACAGCACCAUGGCCCUGCAGCCCGCUGCAACUGCAGACCAGAGCAAUUAAAGAGAAUUUUUUUUUUUCUUUCCACCACUUUUGCUUUCCACCACUGAGUCACUUAUUAUUGUACCUGCUAUAAAGGGUUCCAAUGCCCAUUUGCAACUAAUGCAUGGCUCUAGAGCAGAUGUGUCAAACUGAAGGCCCGCGGGCCAAAUCCGGCCCAUUGCAAAUUUAGAUCCGGCCCACCAAACCAAAAGACAGGAAACUGUUUAUCAAACUGCAAUUAUGCGACACUCGGAGCAGAAUUUGGCAGAUAUGCCGACUUUGAGACUCAGAAAUUCCCCCAGAAGCAGAGAGUUUUCAUAUUCAGGCUAUGAAAGUGGUUGCUGUGAGUCAGCUGUGUGGUAGCCUGCUUUUAAAAAAACGUAAUCAUUGUUUUGCUUGAUUGGCUCAAUUGUACGAUGGCUAAAAAAAACUUUAGUUGCUGCCUUUAAUUAGGACUUUAUGUCGACCAAACUGUAACUGAAAAGACUAUAUGAGACAUGCAAUAAUACAGUCAAAAAUAUUUGACUUUUUUGAUUAAAUAUAAGCAUGAAAAUAAACUGUACAUGUCUGGCCCUUGAUGUGAUUCUCAUUUUCCAGUGUGACCCUUGGUGAAGUUGAGUUUGACAGCGCUGCUGGAGAGAUAUACCUCCAGUAUGGCAAAUAUACAUCCACUUGUACUAACAGAUUAGCCAUCACUUUAUAAAGGAAUCAAUAAAAUACAGUUUAUCACGUUCA